GCAGCAACAGGCUCACAAUGUUUUGUGAUAUUUCACACAGGAAUUUUCGCUGUAUUGGUAGCGUGCGUAAUGUAACUAACGUCUAAUUGAUUCGAUUUCAAGAGAUGUCCUUUGCCACUUUUGAUGACGAUGACGAAGAUGGGAUCGAUCGAUUAAUCUUGUCGCUUGAACGAAUUUCUCAUGAACUGGAUGAAUCCAUAGCAUCGACCGACGUCUUGAAUGCGAACGACACUCUGUUGACUGGUUGGACUGUAGACCGUUCUGUAGCCCCAAAUGAAAACAAAUCUUCGUCCUGCCGAUCCUAUCUGGCUGUAAAAGACUCCAAAGAUUUGAGAUCGAGUACGCCUCGAAAGAUAUUUUCUCGCCAGAGAAAUCGUAAUGACGUGAUCGAGUUCAAGCAUUACUUACAUCCUCACAAAUACAUCGAAGAAUACAGGAAUGAAAAGACGAAGCGACAAGAAGCUGCUCUGAAAGAAUUAGCAAACAAGACUGAUGGACGCAGAGCGUCUGACAGCAAUGUAGAGUUGAGAAAAACUUGUACAAAUUGCUAUCAUUUAGAAAACAGAACGUCCAAACACGUUCCUGGUGUUUUAAGUAUGAAGGAAGUCCAAACAGUUGAAGAUGACAAUGCAGUUAAGCCGUUCAUUGUUGUCAAAUCAAAAGGAUUGACUCGACCUGCUAAUUUGCCAAUGUCGGGACAAUUCCACGGCAGAAAACUUCAGUGGAGACCCUCUGUUACCAACAGAAAGAUAGCUCACUCAAAGCCUUCACCUUGGAGUCAAGCACACAUUGACGUGACUCUUGAGAUUACAUCACAGGGUGGCGGUGACGUCAGUCAGUUGGUCCACACUGGCAAGCAGAGCGAGGAUUACAAUUUCUUCCAAGAAAGAAGAUCAUCCGCGAACUUGGUGAUCAAGAGAGCAGAAUUAGGAGGUUCACCAACUGCAAUGCUGCGAACAGACAACAAAAGUCCGCCCCCAUCAGCUCGAGCUGUUACUUCUCAAGCUAUCAUUACUCAGUGCUCUCCGAUAGAAAAAUGCGACGCAUGGGUUAAAAGCCGAGAAAAUGAGUUAGGAAAUUUCUCCAGCAAAGCAAAGGAACCGCUCAGCGCAAAACCGCCGACUGUUCGAGGACUUCUUGCGCCAUCUGGAUUCACUGCACCGCUGUCUUUACGCGGUAACUCGCUGAGUUCUCCUCCGAAAGAUUCGCCUGGUUCACGAUCGACGGAAAGCUCAGCGGGUUCAACCGGGAUGGAUUAUUCUAAAUACACUGAUAUGUUUAAGAACGUGUUAGAAUUUUACGGAACGAGACGUUUGAGGCCAAAAUCGCAUUCAGCAGUGGAACAGUUAUUAACCAUGAAAACAUGAAAAUCGCUUAUUUGUACUGACAGAGACUGGCUCUCCGUUGGCCAGUCUGCUGGCAGACUGUGGCAGGUGCAUCCACAAGUUCUUUUUAAAAGUUUGCAUCCCAGAAUCGCUGCAUUGCACGGGAAAGAUCUCGUCAAGUUCUGCGCUACUCUGCAAAAUGGGUUUCAGGAAAUCAAUUUGUCUCAAAUCUGCGAGAAAAUUUCAAUACGGAAUCCCGCCUUUAAAGGAAUGACCACUCUACAGUUGGGACGCACAUUAAAUAUACAAGCGAGUAUUGCAGUAAAGCUCUAUGAACAACAAGUUAUUCCAGCUCUCGUUGUUUAUUAUUUGCUUUUUAGGUAUAAUUCUACGAGCUUUCGAUCCCAAGUUCUGCAAUAAAAUUGGCUUCGCUUCUCACUCUCCAUUCCAUGAUAGAUAGUGAGUUAACUAAAUAGACUAACAGAGGGCUGUUACGUAACAAAAACAAACUCAUAGGUUUAAACCUAUCUCGUUGUUAACUUUUGAACAACUUCUAGAUUUAUGAACAAACAACUAGAUUAUUUGCUCUCCAUUUCUAUGCUUUUAAGUUGAUUUAGGUUUCUCUCUCAUCAACGAUUACCAGAUAGGAAACUCUAGCUCAUAAUCUAAUUGUUAACAAAGAGCGCACAGGUCUCAAGUGUCACCAGGAACGCCAAAACCAAAGAAAACCCAAACGGGCAAUCACAACAGAGGAAAAAGUCGUAAAGAGCCAGUGAGAAAUCGAAGUAUAAAAACUUCAGCGUUAGAUAUACGCGGCAACUUACGCACAAUUAGCUGGGAAUUGCUUGUAGGGUUAUAAUUGUUUUAACAUGUACAGCGAGCGUGUAAAUAUGUAUCAAAAUUUGUACAUAAAAAGGAUCUAGAACAGUAUGAUAGAAAAUUUACAUUUACGUUCAUGCCAAAUAACAGAUAAAUAUAAAUAGAAAGUCAAAAGCGCACGAUGGUUGAUCAUGAAUAUAUGGUUUAUUAUG